AUGCAGCAAUUGGCCAAGGCAUUGCUAUUGGUUGGCCUCCUGGCUGCCACGGCGCAUGCCAAGACCAUUGUAUUGGCUAAGGAUAAUGUGACGUCACAGUUGCCGUUACAUGGCGGCGCUAAAGGAGACGACGGACCAGAGUCGGUGACUGCGACAGCAGCAUCCGUGGCUGAAAACCUUGAUGAUAAAACUGUAGACAGUUCGACGCUAUCCAGUGCAGUUGAAGAUUGGAGUUUGGUGUGUCAACAGCUCUGCGGAGCUGCUUUAGGCGGCGCUGUUUGCUCCCCCUAUUGUAAAAUAAUGCCAGUUUUACCCACGAAAGUGCAAAUUGAAAAUGCCAACACCCUAAUGCAUUCCAAGAAACAAUUCAUAUGCCCUCAGCUAUGUGGAUUACAGCUAGGCGAUGGUGUCUGUACAUGUAAAAAUUCGACAUCCGAACACCAGAAUUUCCAUCAAAUAAAAACGAAAGUGGAGAUGAAUGUCUGUUCCAUAUUUUGUGAUGUUCGUCAUGUCACACUGGCCGGCUCGAUUAACCUGACUAGUGACCAGAGGGAGGUGGUCAAUAUAGCUCCGAUCGCUGAUGUCACUACAACUACAACAACUGUUACAACACCAAAUUGGAAUGAACUUUGUGCUGCGUUGUGUAAAACUGGCGAUGGCGGGUCAUUGUGCAAUUGUGAUUUGUCACCAUUUUCUGGAUAA